AUUAUAAUUGUCUACUGAUUACUAAAAACUCUUUAAUUCGGUGUUACUUCUUACUACAAAUGCAUACACCAGAGGUUAAAAUACGUUUAAAAAAUUAUAUAGCAAUAAGUCGAUUAAAUAUAAUGAUGCAACACUCCAUUCAGAGAUUAAAGAAAAGCGCGGGCAAAUGUUAGUGACAUUCAAGAAUUCUUGAGGUCAUGAAAAAUUUAUAAAUCAAAAGUCAUAUUUUGCGCAUCGUAAGUUAUUAGACACAUGGCCUUUACGCAUUCAUGAUGCUACAAAAUGAAAAUAUAAAAAUAUUUAUGAUCCCUGAGGAAAUGAGGGAGCUGGUUGCCAUAGUAACCAGGACGCGCUGGCCUCUGUAGUGUUCAUGAAUAGGUUAACGUAGCUGGUUAGGACGUGGAACUGCUAAUACUCGUCUUGACGUUCAAGAAGACGAAAGAACCCACUACAUCUGAGGAAGAUCGUGAGAGUUGGUGCAUUAGGUCAUGGAUGUGUGAGUCACUGUUGAGGGCACGACAUUAUUUGAGUGUGAGCUGGUGCUUGAGCGAGAGGAAGUGUUAGGGAGAAAAUCAUAGUCGUUUGAGAGUAAUGAGUGAUGGAUGGGGUGUGGACAUGCGGGCACUCGCCUCUCUCCUCAGGUCUGAAGAAGACGUCCAUGUUGACGAGGAGGAGGCGACAGCCUCGACCUUGUCUGAAUUAACCCCAGGUGAUCUGGCUGGUAGCUACAUCAGCAGCGGGGCACCGAUUACCAGAUCAUCACCUAAGGUCAUCAGGUCACCAGCGAAGGACAACACUGAUCUAUUAGGUGACAUUUGGGAGGUGGAGGAGGUGAGAUCAGGUCAGAGUGAUGAAGCCAGUGACCCUCGACCCCCACCAGAGUACCAGGUCACAUUCAGGCACAGAGUGUCUGCCAGCCACAUCUUCCUCCCAGUGAGUGUGGCUGGGGAAGAGGACGUGGUGGUGAGAGUGCUUCUGCCGGGGACACUACUGACGCAGAUUACUCUUGAAGUCACUUCUACUAUCUUCCGUCUGGCCUCUCCUUCCCAUUACCUCCACAUACCUCUUCCUCGCCCAGUUCUUCAACGUGAGGGCGUGGCCACCUGGGACCCCUCUACCUAUACCCUCACAGUCACUCUACCCACAGCCCAGUGUACACUACUUACCCCCAUCAAAUAAUAUUCCUGUGAGGAAACUGGACCAGUUCCUGCAGAAACUGCCUGAUCAGCCAGGCUGUGAUGCUUAUAUGGACCUACCACUCUAGUCAGCAGGAGCCUCGUUCACACUGCUCUAUCAUCUACAUCUUGGUCCAAAUAGACACAGGAAGGUUCGCUAACCACAUACGAUAAUUUUAUCUUUUAGGAAUAUAAGAGGGCGAUGAUAUGCAAAGAUUCUUAUAUUUUGAAACUUGGAGGCUUUGGUACUAAAAUUAUGUCAAGAUACAUAAUAUAAGGGUUGUAAUCACAGCUUAUAAUCCUUAUAUGAUUCAUUAUAGAAAUGAAGAACUUGACAAUUAAUAGGCCACUAGAAAUCAACCUAUGGGCCACAUAUGGCCUGUGGGUGGACAGCUCUGACCUUGCUGGUCAGUUGCUUACCAGGGAUGUGACCAGGAGAGUAGAACAACUCUAGAAGCAGGUCACAGGUAUCAUCACUCAACUGACCAUACCCAUAUCAGCAACAGUCUUCGAAUGUAGAGCCCUGACCUUUAGGUAUUUAAACUGUUUGAUGCUGAAAUAUUUAAUGUGUUUACGACUUUUGAAAGAAAUUAAGUUUUCUUUUAAAUCUGUUGAUAUUUGUUACAAGUAUUGUUAGAUAAAUUAUUGUUCUACAGAAAUGAUUUAUGCCAGUAAUGUUUUAAAAGAAUGUAAAUUUAUUAUAUGUUGAAGGAGAGAAGUUAUAUGCUGUAUCCCGUUUUUCUGUAUAAGAUAUUUAAAGAUUUAUAAUAAAGAGGGCUUUAAACAGAUAUGACAAUCACAAUAGUUUAUAUAAAA